CACAACCGACUGACUACUGACGCGCUUGUCUCGCCGUCUCUCCCUCGUAACGCACAGUAUUUCGCCGCUGUUGAGCGCUUUUGGUCGCCUGCUGGAAGGGCGGAGCGCUGUUGCGCACUUAUCGCAAGACACUCCGACAUGGACGGCGGUGGUUGUAGUCCACCUGUGGAUCCCAUUCAAGGGGAACAACGCUUUACUGAAUUUACUCACUCUACAAACGACGACAUCAAUGUCGACGAGCCUUCGACUUUUUCGGCAAUUUCGGCAGCACCGCUGCCACGACCUACGUCGUUCACAAAUCUCCAGAAUCUUGGCGGUGGAUUACGACGUCCGCUCGCUAAAAACGCACUGGUCGCUCGACCUUCAUCUGUGGCACGUGAGAAAUCCGUGGCCAUCAAUCGCUUCAAGAAAUCAAGAACAAGACGGUUCUUUCACCCGUAUGCAAAGGAAAUCGGUGCUAUUCAAGCAUUGAAAGAAGUCGCAUCGUCACCUGAUGAGGUUGCCGCUAAAUUCGCCUCCGAAGCACUCACCGUUAUCGGUGAAGAGGUACCGUACAAACUUGCUCAACAAGUUCCUAAUUGGACGGUCAAAGAUGUACAAUAUUGGGUGAAAAAGAUCGGUUUCGAGGACUACGUUGAUCACUUCGCUAAGCAAAUGGUCGAUGGAGACAUAUUCUGGAAAGAGACAUCGGCAUGUCCUCAGGACUCCAUCGGAAGCGAUUUAUUCCGUGAACUCGAAAGCCUCAAAAUUGCCGCUGACUAUUCAGCUGUGGACGAGAGUAACCUAGACCAACUGCUGAUGUCACUGAGCCCAGAACUCUCCGUUUACACCUACAAGAUGUUGUCGUGUGGUAUCAAUCGAUCAUUGCUAGGCUCGUUAACCGACGAACUAAUGCAGACCGCAUGUGGAAUCACGAAUCCAAUCCAUCGACUCAAGAUGACGCAAGCUUUCCAAAAUCCAAAACAUCCAGACAAUUCGAAAGAUGGCCAUGCUAGGCAUAGCAAAUCGACGUAUAGCCAGUACCGGAAAUUCACUGCCAGCCUUAUCAAAGUGUUACUGCAGUUGAAAGGCUACAAAGUGUUCAUCGACGUCGACAAAUUGUACGCUGGAAAAUUCGACUCAUCAUUAUUAAAGAAUAUCCAAGCUGCUAAACACUUCAUCCUCGUCCUUACGCCUAAUUCCCUCGAUCGACUGCUCAACGAUCACAAUGGCGAUGACUGGAUACACAAAGAGCUGAAAUGUGCCUUCGAAUAUCAGAAGAACAUCAUUCCGAUUUUCGACCAAGCUUUCGAAUUCCCUCAAAACGAGGAGCAAAUCCCUCAAGAUAUUCGAAUGAUCACCAAAUACAACGGUGUCAAAUGGGUCCAUGACUAUCAAGACGCAUGCAUGGGCAAAGUUGUUCGCUUCAUCGAGGGAGAACUCAACCGAACGCCCAGCCUUCCGGCUCCGUCUCACACCGCGCCACAUCCGCGACGCGCGCCCAGCGGUCGAUUUCCGACUUCACAAACGAGCAUACGACAAGCUUCGACAACCAGUCAUCGGGCCGGACGAGUUGGAGAACAUCCACCGUCAACGCCUACAUUCACACCAGCGUCGUCGACGGAUAAAAAUCGACGGAAACACCAUACCUCCGUGACAACGGUAUACGAUCGUAGCUAA